AUGGGUUCAUCUGAAGGCCUGGGAGCCACAACAAGCACUGCUGUUACUACAACUGUCGCAACGUCAACCAAGACCACAGCGCAGACAGUUCCUGCUACCUCGACAGGGCCUGUUUGCACUGGUACAUUUAGUGCAGUCUCAGCUUCAAGCUUUGUGUCUAGUCUGCAUCCCGGCUGGAACUUAGGCAAUACACUUGAUGCUGUUCCUGGCGAGGGAUCUUGGAAUAACGUGCCUGUUGUGGCAUCGACAUUUGAUACCGUCAAGGCUGCCGGCUUCAAGAGCGUCCGGCUCCCAGUCACCUAUACCGAUCAUUUCACUGGGAGCUCGCCGGAUUGGACCGUUGAUCCAGCAUGGUUGCAGCGAGUCUCUGAUGUGGUUGAUAUGAUCGUAUCUCGCGGACUCUAUGCCAUUGUUGAUGUGCAUCAUGAUUCCUGGGCUUGGGCCGAUGUUACUCAGUCUGGAGCCAAUCUGACUAGGAUUGAAGAGAAAUUCUAUCGACUCUGGUAUCAAAUUGGAACCAAAUUGGCUUGCAAAUCCAGUCUUGUUGCAUUUGAGCCUAUCAACGAACCCCCGUGCAAUACUGAAGCUGAUGCUACAGAGAUUAACAAACUGAACAAAAUAUUCCUCCAGGCUAUCAAUGAUGCUGGUGGAUUUAAUUCACAAAGAGUCGUUACUCUAGUCGGAGGUGGCGAGGAUAGUAUCAAGACUGCAAACUGGUUUGUUGCACCUUCUGGGUUCCCAAACCCAUAUGCUAUUCAAUUCCAUUAUUAUAGUCCAUCGUUUUUAGAUGAUUUCAUCUUCAGUGCCUGGGGAAAGACCAUUUGGGGCUCUGACAGCGACAAGGCGGCUGUGAAAUCUGACUUCCAGCUGCUACGUGACAACUUUACCGACGUACCCAUCCUCCUAGGUGAAUACGAUGCUUCGCCGACCAACACCGAGCCUGCUGCUCGGUGGAAAUACGUCGACUUCUUGACCAAGACUGCAGCCAGUCUUGAUAUCUCAUGCGUCCUCUGGGACAACGGUCUGGAUCAUUUGGACCGCACUACCGGGGUCUGGCGUGAUCCUAAUUCGAUCUCGAUCAUCACUAAAUCCACCGAGUCUACGGCCAACAGCUUGCCAGAUAGUACUGUGGACAGCUCUGCGACCACGCAGUCAUCCUCAGCAUAUAUUUUCCAUCAGUAUGGAACAGAGGUCACGGCCCAGACUAUUCCAUUUAUCUUCAAUGGCAACAUGCUUUCGUCAAUCAGUGACUCAACUGGUUCAACCUUGUCCUCAGGCACAGACUAUUCCGUCUCCGGCGCGAAUAUAAUCUUCACAGCGUCGUACUUGUCGAAGCAUCUAUCUCCCACAACGACACCAGGUAUCAUUGCCACCCUGACCUUGAAGUUCUCCGGUGGCUACUCGUCCCCUGUCAUCCAAAUCGUUCAAUGGAAGGCCCCAACUUUGUCGUCCACGUCAGCAGUCGCCUCGUCUGUCUCUGGGUCAGACCUCUCGAUUCCCAUUACUUGGGGGGGACUGCCAACUGUUGCUGCAGUCAAGGCUUUAACCAAGAGUGGAACAUACUUGGUCGAUGACUGGACGGUCUAUUUGGGUCCCCUUCAACAGGCCAGAGCUACUUACAGCAAUCAGUAUAAUUGGGACACCUCCAAUGUCAUCAUCAGUUCAUCGGCUAUUAGUGCUGUCAUCUCUGCUGGCCAAUCGACUGUGUUCACUUUCGAAUUUUACCCGCGGGAUAAUGGUGCUUCUAAUGCUGUCAACUUCACUUUGACUGUCUGA